UUGCUGAUACAUGAUGUACAAGAGAUAAAAGACACUGUAAUAUUAUUGAUUGAAAAAAAUGUCAAUUUCUUUGGAAAGAAAAAUACUUUUCUUUAAAAUUGACAAACUAAUUGAUUUAAAUUAUGUUUUUGCUGUUAUCAAUGUUAUCGUCGGCGUGAAAAUGGUGAGAUUGUGUCAGUACCUCGGAACCAUGAUAACAUACGGGACUUGACCGCGGUAAGAAAGAGCGAGCAGGUCAAAAAAAAAUUUUUUGACUUGUUCUGGCGAAACAAAAUAAAAUAAAAAGUUGUGCUUUCUUCACAAUUUUUUUUUUUUUUAAUUGACAAGUUUGGUGCCAAUGAGAUAUUUUGGUACGCUCGUGCUAUUUCCGGAUCAUCGGGGUGAUGAGAGUCGUUUUGUUCGCGAGCACAUUAUCCGGAUAAUGUUUCAGUCGUUAAGUUAAUUGUAAUUAAAAUUACUAAUUAAUUAUGACCGCGUUAACCGCUAAACUCUCGUCGAAUCGCCGGUAGCCGGUCAGCCGGUAAUAAUUUGUAUUAAAAGCAUGGAAUUUCAUGGAUCGCUGAUAGACAGGCUAUGUCAGGCGAUCAGAGGUGUUGCAUACUCGUAACAGUUAAUAAAUUAAGAUAAGGAUUUAUACAUAUAUAAUAAUAUUGCUUCAGUAAAAUAGAAUCCAGAAUCUUUAGUCGCGUUUAAAAAUCAAAAAUAAAAAUAUAUAAACUAAUGUAUCUAUGGAGGUAAAAAACCUCUACUCUGGAAUGAAUGAUGAUUCUGUUCUAUGAAUUAUAAAGCAACAAUAUUAUCGUUUUGGAUGGUCAAUCGUGUAAUGAGAACUAACGUCUACUUCACUACUCUCGCAGGCGUUUUGAAGAAGGCUGAUUAUCUACGCUACAUCUUCGAUUCUUUUUAUUCAUCUCAUCAAAGAAGAUGUCACGAGAUUACGACAGUAGGAGACGCGGCAACACCAGUGGAUCCAGUAAACUACGAAUGGACGCGAGUAUGUCUGGGUCACGACCACACAUAGAACCAUCUUCAAGCAAACGUAAGGAACUAGACAACGUGAUGCGGAAAGCCCGUGAAUCGCAGUCGACGAGCUAUUGGAACAAAAAAUUACUCGAAGUGGAAGAACGUGAUCCGAAUCGUUGGCGCCACAGUGGUUACAAAGAAUUAUACGUUGGUGGUAGCGCACCGAGUGGUGAGACCAGCAGCAGUCGUAACCACCCUCGAAGUCCUCGGAGUCCUCGACCAAGAAGCCCACACAGUCCUCGAGGCGGAGGUGGAGGAGGAGGAGGAGGAGGUGGAGCACGUAGUCCAAGAUCACCGCGAGAACGUACUCACAACAGCAAGCAACGCCCGGCGCGUAGUCCGAGUACCGGUAGCACCUGCUCAGAUCGCUCGUGUUCGGUCUGUUCACCGAGGGAACGUCGUCGCGUUGUGCCGCAGUCACGAUCACGAUCGAGGUCGAUAACGCCGGUACGACAGCGAGCACACCCGAAGGAAAUUCCCGCGUCAAGUUCGCGGGCCGCUGUCCCGUCACGUGCCACAAGACCGGCGACAAGGCCGCCGCCUCCGAUGCCGCGACCGCGUACUCCACCGCCUGAACCCCAGCCGCCUUCCUCCAGACACCACAAAGAGUACAAGGCCCUCAAGGAGAAAGAAGCCAAGGAAGCCAGGGCACGCCGCAAAGAGAAACAUCACAAUAGUAGGGUGCCUGAAGAUCCACGGGUACCUGAUCCUAUUCCUUUGAUGCGGAGACCUGUUAAAGUUGAGAAAACACAUUCAGCACAUCCAGUGUCUUCAGUUCUUGUCCAUCCACCGCCAGCAGAAUCUUCUGGUAGUGAAGAUAGUGAUAGUUCAUCAAAUGCCUCACAGACUGGUCCUCCACGAAUGACUUUGUCAGAACGAUUUGGUAAAAUGGCACAAUGGAGCGUAGACAGAAGAGAAAUGGAGAAUAUGCGUAUCACCAAAGACGGUGAAAACGCAAUGAAAGUCGUCAUAGAAGGUGAAGAAAGAAUUGCCAGAUUAGGAUAUGAUUCACCACCACCUGGACAUUACCCAGAAACUUUACUCGCACAAGGUCCCCGUGGACUAGACUGUUGGGACGACGUUCGCGUCCGAUAUGACUACUACAAAGCCCGCGGAUAUUUGAGAGACCUGACUCUCGAUGACUACGUUAAGUGGGAGGAAUGGUGGUACAAGUAUCAAGAAUGGUUGGAGGCUGAGCGUUUUUAUGAGCAAUGGGCUACAAGCGGCGGACGUAACAAUGACGGACCUGGCCGUGCUGGAGGUCAUCGUCACGGCAAUCGAGGCGGUCUCCGUAGUCACCUAGGUCGCGGAGCCCCUAGUGGACCGUCAGAUGGCCUAGGAAUCCCGAUCUCAGAACGUAUUGGCACUACUGAACGCGGUGGUAUAAUUACUGGCGGAAUGAGGCUACAGAAACGACGCGGAAGACGUUUGAAUGUCGUCCAUUAAUUAAAUUGCUUUAUUUUAUUAUUAAUUUUUGUUUCAUUUUUAUUAAUUAACGAAUUGAUAACUAUUUAGCUCGCGAUGUCAUGUCAAUUGUUGACUACAGCUCAAAUUUCAUCAUGAGACCCCUGUUCUUAUAAAAUGCUUUGAA